UUCAUUCACGUAGGUAGCAAGGUAAAUUCUUGAAACCUGAUGAUUGAUUGUGUAAAUAAAAUACUACUAUAGUAUAAAUAUUUUAUGUAUGUACGCUUUAAAAAUUAUAAUUGUAUGUAGGUACACGAUUUUAUUUCAAUCGGUACCCAAUUUUUCAAUUUAUAUUAGUUUUCUGAAAGAUAUUAUAAUCUGAAUAAAUCAAAAUAAAAAAUAUGGUCUCACAUCCAUCAGAGCAACUGCCGACUGAAACUCAACUUGAUGAAGAGAGAGUUCCAACUGUUAUGUAUUUGAUUGAAAUUGAUUCAAAUCAAUGCACGAUUAGAGAUGGCAUGUCCUUUCAAAUGCUGAAUAGUAAUCAGAAUAAUGCUCAUUAUCUCAUCCCUGCACAAGGAGUUGAGCAAACAGGAAUUCAAAAGCAUAUUCAACAUCAUAUAGAUUUUCAAGGGAUAAAUGUUAUUGAUAAUGGAAGCAUCAUCCAGAAUGAUGUCAUCAAUGAACAGCAAACUCCAUCAAAAAUACCACCACAUAUAUCCUAUGUGAGACCUGUUCACAAAUAUGUGCACAUAGCGGACAGCGUGCCGCCGCCGCGCGCCGCGGCCACGCUGCCGAGUGCUCUGCGCAUCUGCCGCGGCGGUGUGUCGCCGCAUAAACUAUUGCCACCCCGCAUACGAUUCGGACCCAUAACAGGUGUUGUACAAGAAGUGUCCAGCAAACAUGCCCUGAAUUUGAUAUCCAAAGCUGCUGCCAGUGAGAGACCAAUUUUAUUAUUAUCAAAGAAUGAUACUAUCAGCCAUAUAGACAUUUCAGAUAAAGAUAAAUCGAACUGGUUCAGCCUACUGCCGCUGGGGGACGAAAGCACGGCCAACGUGUGGGUGUACCAAGAUGGGGACUCAUUGUACGGGAUCACGACGCGGAGUAUCGCUCCUCGCGUCAAUCUGUGUCUCGGCUACAGCCAGCGCUACGCGGCGCAGCACCGGCUGCCGGCCUCGCAGCCCGUCUGCGGGAUUGAUGAAGAAGACGAGCAACGCAAGUGGUGGUGCUAUGAAUGCCGCUUUGCGUGCAAGACCGCGGCGCUGCUGCAGCGGCACAUGGAUGAAGCUCACAUGGGAGGUAAGAACAACACGCGGAGACGGCGGUAUCGAUGCAAAAACUGCGCUCUUCCGUUUUCCAGACUGUUCACAUUAAAACGCCACAUGUCUAUACACUGCAAGAGCAAAACAACAAAACCCGACCCUCCUCCACAACAAGAGACAACGCCCGACUCAUUUCUAAACUCGACUCCUCAGGAAGAAGAGCGUUUGCCCUCAGACGAGAGCUUCCAAAACUACACCAAUAACCUGGACUUCUCUACUAAUCUCUUCGACACUGACCGUUUGUCUACGCUCGAUAUCUCGGCCAAUUCUAGAUCAGAUUUGAAUUUCUAUAGCGACAAAGAUGAUUUUCUGCCCGGCCAAUCUGAGUCUAUCGGAAAUCUUGUUGAUGAUGCAUCGGCUGAACCGGGUCAGGUUAAUGAGGAAAAAGAGAAGGACAAAGCUACUAGUGUGAUAACAUGCCCACAUUGUCAAGAUACCAUGUCAAUUUCUUUGAAAAAUCGUCAUAUGAGAGAGUGCCGCGCGCGCACCGUGAGCUGCGCAUGCGGCGAGCGCUUCCGCGACCGGCGCCGGCUGCAGCGCCACGUGCACGCGCUUCACGCCUCCGCCUCCGCCUCCGUCCCGAGCGAGACUAUUUCAAGUGAAUAUUCAUUUAAAUGUGACGAGUGUCAGCUCAAUUUCAAGCGGCGCGGCAUGUUCGUGAACCACAUGUGGCGCUCGCACGGCGAGCUGUCGCGCGCGCCGCUGCAGCGCCUGGAGCGCCACUACCCGUGCGUGGCCUGCCCCAAGCUCUACCGCUCCGCCGCCAAGCGCGCAAGGCACGUGCGCAAGCACCACCCGGGCGCGGAACUGAUGCGCGCGCAGACGAUCUCCAGCGGCCCGGUGCAGUGCGCGCCGGCGACGUGCCCCGCGUGCCCGCGCCAGUACGCCACUCGCGCCAAGAUGCUGCAGCACGCACGCGCCUGUCAUCCGCACCUCAUUGCUCCAUCUCCCAAGAAAUCGCACAAGUAAAUUAACUAAGACUAGGUGAGGACAAGAGGAGGACAAAGAGAAAGUGACGUGAAAAAAGGAAAACCAAACC